AUGGCUAAUCGGACGGUCAAAGAUGCGCAUACUAUACAUGGCACCAAUCCUCAAUAUCUCGUCGAGAAAAUAAUUAGGAGUCGUAUUUAUGAGUCUAAAUACUGGAAAGAACAUUGUUUUGCAAUAACAAGCGAACUUUUGGUUGACAAAGCAGUUGAACUUCGAUAUGUAGGAGGUGUCUACGGUGGGAACGUUAGACCAACUCCAUUCCUAUGUCUGUCCUUGAAAAUGUUGCAGAUCCAACCAGAUAAGGACAUUGUUAUAGAAUUUAUCAAGCAAGAAAACUACAAAUCAGUCCUUGAGGAAACGAACCUACUUGAUCCCAGACAAUCCCUUCUUGACGAAGAUCUAGAGGAUCUGCAAUUUGCUGAAGAGAUUGAUGCUCUUUCUGAAACUGACGACAGACCUAUUCCCAGAGAACGGGAUAAGAAGCGAGUGCGUGAUCAUGACUCUCCUGAUAGGCAUCGUGAUAGGGAACGUGAUCGAGAUAGACGCCGACAUAGAUUGCGAGAGGAGAGCCCCCUAUCAAUUAAGCGGGAUAGAAGGGAUCGAGAAGAUCGCGAUUAUGCGCGUGAACGACAUCGGGAUCGCGAUGACAAAGAACGGGAAAGAAGACAUGAAAAAGAACGAAGGUAA